GUAUGUAUGUAUAUGUAUAUGCAUCCAUCUGAGUGACACUGGUGAACUUCUUAUUUUGUGUAUUGUUUUUUUGAAAUCGAAAGCUUUAUUUGUAUCUGUUGCUGCUAGAACAGGAAAUCCAAGGACCGAGGACUUUGUGGAUAUUAACUGUGAUCAGCCAUGGGUAAUCUGAACCACGGAAUGGACGAAAAUACUCAGCAGAAGCAGAAGCAGCAGCAGGAGCAGACAGAUCCUGGUGCAGCAUUUCAAAAUGGCAAAGAAAUUAUAUUGCAGGCUUUCAAUUGGGAGUCUCAGAAACAUGAUUGGUGGAGAAACUUGGACAACAAAAUUCCAGAUAUUGCUAAGUCUGGAUUUACAUCAGCGUGGUUACCACCUGCAACUCAUUCCUUCUCACCCGAAGGUUACCUUCCACAAAACCUUUAUUCUCUAAACUCUUCAUAUGGCUCUGAACACGUGUUAAAAGCAUUACUUUACAAAAUGAAACAAUACAAAGUCAGAGCAAUGGCUGAUAUAGUCAUCAAUCAUCGUGUUGGGACAACCAGAGGGCAUGGCGGUAGGUAUAACCGCUACGAUGGAAUUCCCUUAUCAUGGGACGAACGUGCUGUUACAUCUUGCACUGGUGGAUUUGGUAAUAGAAGCACUGGUGACAAUUUCAAUGGAGUUCCUAAUAUUGAUCACAGCCAGUCAUUUGUCAGAAAAGACAUUAUUGGGUGGCUAAAAUGGCUACGAACUAUUGGUUUCCAAGACUUUCGGUUUGAUUUUGCAAGAGGUUACUCUGCAGGAUAUGUUAAGGAAUAUAUUGAAAGUGCUAGACCAAUAUUUUCUGUUGGAGAAUACUGGGAUUCUUGCAACUAUAAUCAUCAGCAAUUGCACUACAACCAAGAUAGUCAUAGACAGAGGAUUGUGAAUUGGAUUGAUGCCACUGGCCAGCUUUCUGCUGCAUUUGACUUCACAACAAAAGGGAUCCUUCAGGAAGCUGUGAAGGGAGAAUUUUGGCGUCUACGUGAUCCCCAAGGGAAACCUCCUGGUGUAAUGGGUUGGUGGCCUUCCAGGGCCGUCACUUUCCUUGAUAACCAUGACACGGGCUCAACUCAGGCUCACUGGCCUUUUCCCUCUAACCAUAUUAUGGAGGGUUAUGCAUACAUACUCACACAUCCAGGAAUUCCUUCAGUUUUCUAUGAUCACUUCUACGACUGGGGCAACUCCAUUCACGACCAGAUAGUUAAACUGAUGGGGAUCAGGAAAGAUCAGGGAAUACACAGUAGGUCUUCUAUAAGGAUUCUCGAGGCUUGCCAAAACUUAUACUCUGCAAUUAUUGAUGAGAAAUUGUGCAUGAAGCUAGGGGACGGCUCGUGGUGUCCUUCAGGCAGUGAAUGGAUUCUUGCUGCAAGUGGCCACAGAUAUGCAGUUUGGAACAAGUGAAGGAAUCUCCUCGGUUCAAUAAUGUGUCUUCUUUCCAAUAAAACAUCUCUGAUUGUUCUGUAUCAUAAAUCUCAUGAUUGAGUCAAUAUUAUUGCAGAUUUAAAUUUAUCCAAUUUCUCAGUACAAAAUGCUGAUUUGUUCA